GGAGGUGUUAAGAGCUAGAUCAGUAGACGGUGGGAAGCACCAUUCGCCGGCCAGCGCAUCUGGUGAUAAAGCAGCGCCUAGACAGUGUUACCGGCCGCAGACAGAAAGAAGAAAGGCAGGCGGGCUGAUCGUAUUGUGCGCGCUGUCUUCAAGACUGAGACAGAGAGGGGGGAGAAUCGCCGGCACAAACGGUUUCACUCCCAGUUCCAGAAGGAGCGGUGUUUGGGAUGGGGAAAGGAGGCGAGAAGGCUGAGGAGAAUGGGGAGUGCGCCGGCGGCGGGGGCGGUAAGAGGCUGGGAGUCUAUACCUGGGAGGAGGUGCAGAAACACGCUCUGAAGACAGACAAGUGGCUGGUGAUCGACAGGAAGGUGUACAACAUCACCGACUGGGCGAAGAGACACCCCGGCGGCGUGCGAGUCAUCAGCCACUACGCCGGGGAGGACGCCACGGAUGCUUUCCAAGCAUUCCACCCGGAGCCGGACUUCGUUCGGAAGUUCCUGAAGCCUCUGCUGAUCGGAGAGCUGGCACCCGGAGAGCCUAGUCAGGACCGGGAUAAGAACUCAGAGAUGAUUGCUGAUUUCCGCGCACUGCGUUCCACGGUGGAGCGGAUGGGGUUGUUCCGGACAGACCCGGUGUUCUUCAGCCUCUAUCUGCUGCACAUCAUCCUGCUGGAGGUCGGCUCCUGGCUAAUGCUCUGGUACCUGGGGGUCAACUGGGUAACCACGUUGUUCUGCGCCCUCAUCCUCGCCACCUCACAGUCCCAGAGUGGCUGGCUCCAGCAUGAUUUCGGUCACCUGUCUGUCUUCAAGAAAUCCAAAUGGAAUCACCUGCUGCACAAGUUUGUCAUCGGACACCUGAAGGGCGCCUCUGCUAACUGGUGGAAUCACCGUCACUUCCAGCACCAUGCCAAGCCCAACAUCUUCAGCAAGGACCCUGAUGUGAACAUGCUGCACGCCUUCGUACUGGGGCCAGUGGAGUACGGGAAGAAGAAGCUGAAGUACAUGCCAUAUAACCAUCAGCACCAGUACUUCUUCCUGAUCGGGCCCCCCAUGCUGAUCCCAGUCUACUUCCACAUCCAGAUCAUGCAUACCAUGAUCUCUCGCAGAGACUGGGUGGACUUCGUCUGGUCCAUGUCCUACUACCUGAGAUACUUCACCAUGUACAUCCCCUUCUACGGAUUCCUGGGCUCCAUAGUGCUGAUCAGCUUUGUCAGGUUUCUGGAGAGUCACUGGUUUGUGUGGGUCACGCAGAUGAAUCACAUUCCCAUGGACAUCGACCGUGAGAAGCACAGAGACUGGCUGUCCAUGCAGCUGGCCGCUACCUGUAACAUUGAGCAGUCUGCCUUCAACGACUGGUUCAGCGGACACCUUAACUUUCAGAUUGAGCACCACCUGUUUCCCACAAUGCCACGGCACAGCUAUGUGAAGGCGGCGCCUCUGGUGAGGUCACUGUGUGAGAAAUACGGGCUGCGCUACGAGGUGAAGACCCUGCUGCAGGGGUUUAGAGACAUCGUGAGCUCUCUGAAGAAGUCAGGUGACCUGUGGCUCGACGCAUAUCUCCACAAGUGAUUCUGUGGGGUCUCCCUGCCCCCCAGCGCCCCCUACAGUCUGGCAGGGGGUGGGGUCUCAGCGCUAAACAUUCCAGGGUUCCUUUUGGUUGUAGACAGCUAAAUUAAAGAGAAUGUUGUUUUGUAGUGUAGUUUUAUGAUGCAGACUGAUGUAGAGUCACAGACUCACCGUGAUUGCUGUCCUGCUCUGUCCUGUCCUGUCCUGUCCCACAGGUUGUUUUAAGAACCCUUCUGCCAUAGUUCCAAAGUGUUUACUCCAGUCUUUGACUCCUGCUUUUGAAAAACAGAACACCCUGAGAGUGAUGAAGAGAGGACUUCCAUUUGUUCUUGUUUGGUUCUAGUUUUGUAAAAAAUAACAAAGUGUUUACCUCUUUAAAAAUAAUAGCAUAGUAAACACUGACUCGCACACAGACACACUGGUUUAACAGGCUGUGAUUCAGUUUGGGUGAAAGAUGGAAGGGAGGGAUGGGGGAAGUAUGAAAGAGGAGAAAAGGGAAGAUAAUAGACAAAUGAACAAACUAAAGAAAGAUUGAAGGAUUGGAAAGAGAAAGAGAGAGGAAGGUUUUUAAACAAAAAAGAAUCAAGGUGUGCUGAUUUCAUUAACGAUACGCAGGUAUACGGGGCCGCUCCGAAUUCAGGGUGGGGUGCAGAGCUCACUUCUGAUCUCAUUUGUUGGUCUUGUCUCAUCAGAUUUGUCUUAGGCUGUUCGGUCUGGUAAGUCACGUCUCAUGAGAGCGCCGUGAGGCUAGCUGGGGCCCAGCCCAGUCACAGAGUGCCACUGGUGGGGGUGGAAGUGGGCUUGUGCUGUAAUAUUCAGGAACAAUCACAGCAACCAAAAUACCAGUAAACUAGAACCGCAGGAGCUCGACCCAGCGCCAGUCCACCCAGUACCAGAGCUGACCAGGGUUCACUGCCUGGCCUUGCAAAAGACCUUGACUAAAAAUAAUUAAAAAAAAAAAAAAACUUUAAUGAAAACAAAAUAAACUCACAUCAUAGAAAACAAACACCUUUAUGCUGUAAAGCGAUAAUCUAUUUCUGAACUUCUGUCCUCUCUCCUAAGCACAGGAAUGUAUUCAUAGUAAAAAAAUAAAUAAAUACACAAAUAAAUAAAUAUUUAAUUAACUAAUUCAGGAAUUGACUUCAUUGUUUUUAGCAGCGUGCAUCAGCAGCGGGGAAGCAUUGUAGGCGCAACACAGCGCCCCCUGCUGGCUGAGAUCCUGUUUGCAGUUUGUCACUGGAAUCCUAUCCAGCGGUUUUCAGGGUUAGUUUUGUGUAAAUGGAAGAUGUUUGACUUUGGAAUCACACCGCGGGGCCAGAUUAUCAAAAGCGUUUAGUGCAGCCCUUUAAUGAGCUCCUAAAUGCAACAGCAGAGUUGCGAACGCGAGAUCUCCGAUUGCACGAAUGCGUGUUUCAUUCCAGUCCUGGAAAGGCAUUUGCUGUCUUUCUCCUUUCAAAGCACGGUAUUUAAUUAAACUCUGCAGUAACCCGUUUGGAAGUGUGGUCGGCGUGCGCUGCUGACAGUGUUUUUAACGACCCUCUUUUGCGUGUGUUUUGACUCUGUACCUGUGUGAGUGUUCCUAUAUGAAGGCGCCGUGUUGUCACGGUGGCUGGAAAUGAACCUGAACGUUUUUUGUUUUUUUUUUAAAUCAAAUAAAUCGAUUUCAUGAUUAACUACA